GACCCCACCCCUCACCCCAGGGGGCCGCGGAGCGUUGGGGGCCACUCGGGACCAGUUUUCAAGACAGCUUUUCCCUGGACGUCUCGUCGUCCUACCUCGUGGCUCUGGACCUUAAGCGAUUAUUACAAUGGAAGAAACCAAUAAUUUCAAGACACCAAGCAGAUUAUCUGAAAAAAGGAAAUCUGCAUUAUGUUUAACUCCAUGUAUAAAUAUUCCUGCCUCUCCGUUUAUGCAGAAGCUUGGCUUUGGUACUGGGGUAAAUGUCUAUCUUAUGCAAAGAUCUCCAAGAGGUUUGUCUCAUUCUCCUUGGGCUGUGAAAAAGAUUAAUCCUAGGUGUAAUGGUGAUUAUCAGAGUAUGUAUCAAAAGAGACUAACUGAUGAAGCUAAGAUUUUGAAAAGCCUCAAUCAUCCAAACAUUAUAGGUUACCGUGCUUUCACUAAAGCUAGCGAUGGCAGUCUGUGUCUUGCUAUGGAGUAUGGAGGUGAAAAGUCUCUGAAUGACUUAAUAGAAGAACGAAAUAAAGAUAGCCGAGAUCCUUUUCCAGCAGCCAUAAUUUUAAAAGUUGCUUUGAACAUGGCGAGAGGGUUAAAGUAUCUGCACCAAGAUAAGAAACUGCUCCAUGGAGAUAUAAAGUCUUCAAAUGUUGUUAUUAAAGGUGAUUUUGAAACAAUUAAAAUCUGUGAUGUAGGAGUCUCUCUUCCAUUGGAUGAAAAUAUGACUGUGACUGACCCUGAGGCCUGUUACAUUGGCACUGAGCCUUGGAAACCUAAGGAAGCUCUGGAGGAGGACGGUAUUAUUACUGACAAGGCAGACAUAUUUGCCUUUGGUCUUACUCUGUGGGAAAUGAUGACUUUAUCUAUUCCACACAUUAAUCUUCCAGAUGAUGAUGAUGAUGAUGAAGAUAAAACUUUUGAUGAAAGUGACUUUGAUGAUGAUGCAUACUAUGCAGCUUUGGGAACUAGGCCACCUGUUAAUAUGGAGGAACUGGAUGAAACAUACCAGAAAGUAAUUGAGCUCUUCUCCGUAUGCACUAAUGAAGAUCCUAAAGACCGUCCUGCUGCUGCGUGCAUUGUUGAGGCUUUAGAAGUGGAUGUCCUGUGA